AUGGUGUUGGAUCACAUCGAUCCAAAGAUCAAGAAACCAAAGGAUGUUGAUGAUGACUUAUGGGAACGUCUUGACGCCAUUGUUUUGCAGUGGUUGUAUGGCACAAUAUCCAAAGAUCUUCUACUCAAAGUGUUAGAUGAGAAUGCUACGGCUCAGGACAUUUGGAAUCGGCUACGCAAAAUUUUCCAGGACACUCGAGGUACGUGGGUGGUUAUACUGGAAAACCAGUUUGGACAUAUUCGUAUGAACAACUAUUCUUCCCUUGAUGAAUAUUGCGAUGCGCUGAAAACUGUAGCUGAUCAACUAGCGGCUCUCGAACAUCCUGUUUCGGAGGAGCGGCUCGUUCUGCAACUGGUGGGUAAAGUGGACCCGGAGUACCGUACUAUCGCCACAAUUAUCCGCCAAACUAAUCCUCUGCCUUCUUUCGAGGAAGCUUGCUCAACCCUUGACCUAGACAGGCUCGAUCGUCUCAACGACAAAGAUGAGGACGACUCCUCAACCGCGAUGUUGGUCGCGGGUUCUCACAACAAUACUGCAACGACGUCCCACCAACCGACAAACAAUACCGGUGGUGGUGGGGGUCGUGGUGGUGGUGGUAAGACAGGAGGUGGUGGGAAGAAUAAAGGCAAGAAGUAUGGCUCACGUGGAGGCUCGGGUUCGAACUCGGGUGACAAGGGGCGUGGCUCACAACAAUAA